AUGCCUGCUAAACAGAACACAGCCUCUGCUUCGCUUCCAGCCGGGGCUCUCCGGGGCCAGGGGAAGGAGGACCCCAAAGCAGAAGAGGACGCGAAAGGCAAAGAGGAAAGUUUCUCCAUGGACAGCGAUCUAGACUAUAGCUCAGACGACAACAUCCCCGGCCAGGCGGCUCAUAAGGAAGAGGACUCUGGCAACGCACUGGAGGAAAACCCCCAAAAUCCCCCCAAUUCCACCAACACCACAUCCACGGGCAAAAACCGGCGAAGGCGAACAGCCUUCACCAGCGAGCAGCUGCUGGAGCUGGAAAAGGAGUUUCACUGCAAAAAGUACCUGUCCCUGACGGAGAGGUCCCAGAUCGCUCACGCUCUCAAAUUGAGCGAGGUGCAGGUGAAAAUCUGGUUCCAGAACAGACGGGCUAAAUGGAAACGGGUCAAGGCGGGCAAUGCCAACUCCAAGACAGGGGAGCCGUCCCGAAACCCUAAGAUCGUGGUACCCAUCCCGGUGCACGUCAGCAGGUUUGCGAUCAGGAGUCAGCACCAGCAGCUGGAGCAAGCCCGACCCUGA